CCUUUUUCAGGUUCCGAGAAGAAGAGUAGAGGAAAAACGAGUGUUUUGACAUUAGCAUAUCUUCUAAACACAACAAUUGUGGAGUUUAAACUUACUGAAACACGAUCUUAAACAGAUAAAAACAAACCGCCGGAGUAUCCCGAUGGCGGCUGUGAGCAACAUGAGCAGAAUUUAUGGGCUCUGUUUGCAUUCAGUCCGUCAAUCAGCAGCAGGGCUGAAGACAUCGAGGCUUAUUCAGCGAAGAUCCUUCAGAUUCACUGCCGGGGUACAGCAACAUCCUGUUGACUCAUCGCUGGAAAAGCCUCAGUUCCCCGGAGCCUCAGCAGAGUUUGUGGACCAUCUUGAGUUCAUUCAGCCCAAUGUUAUCUCGGGCAUCCCGGUGUACCGGGUCAUGGACAGGCAGGGCAAAAUAAUCAACCCGUCUGAAGACCCUCAGCUCUCCAAAGAGACGGUUCUGAACUUUUAUCAGAAGAUGACGUUGCUGAACACAAUGGAUCGCAUCCUUUAUGAGUCUCAGAGACAGGGUCGAAUCUCCUUCUACAUGACUAACUAUGGUGAGGAGGGGACACACAUCGGCAGCGCUGCAGCUCUCGAGCCAGCAGACCUGGUUUUUGGUCAAUACAGAGAAGCUGGAGUUCUGAUGUACCGCGGGUUUCCUCUGGACCGCUUCAUGGCUCAGUGUUACGCCAACGCCGACGACCUCGGGAAGGGCCGGCAGAUGCCCGUCCACUACGGCUCCAAAGAUCUAAACUUCGUCACCAUCUCGUCUCCUCUGGCCACGCAGAUCCCUCAAGCGGCUGGCGCUGCGUACGCCUUGAAGAGGGAGAACAUGAACCGAGCCGUGAUCUGUUAUUUUGGGGAGGGAGCGGCCAGUGAAGGGGACGCACACGCCGGCUUCAACUUCUCCGCCACCCUGGAGUGCCCGCUGAUUUUCUUCUGUCGCAACAACGGCUACGCAAUCUCCACCCCCACCAACGAGCAGUACCGAGGCGACGGCAUUGCUGCUCGCGGGCCGGGCUACGGCAUGCUGUCCAUUCGUGUGGACGGUAACGACGUGUUCGCCGUGUACAACGCCACGAAGGAAGCUCGCCGCAGGGCUGUGGCGGAAAAUCAGCCUUUCCUGAUUGAGGCCAUGACCUACAGAAUCGGGCACCACAGCACCAGCGACGACAGCUCGGCCUACCGCUCCGUGGACGAGGUGAACUACUGGGACAAGCAGGACCAUCCCAUCUCCAGGCUGAGGCACUACAUGACGGCCCGCAGCUGGUGGAGCGAGGACGACGAGCGGAGCUGGCGCAAACAGUCCCGCAAGACUGUGAUGGAGGCGUUCGAGAGGGCCGAGAAGCGCCUGAAGCCCAACGUGGAGCUGCUCUUCACAGACGUGUACAACGAGCUGACGCCCGGCCUGAGCAAGCAGAGGGAGGCUCUGUGGAGGCACAUGCAGCAGUACAAGGAGCACUACCCCCUGGACCUGUACGAGAAGUAACGGCGCCGCCGCACAAACAUUAGGUUAGGUGGACAGAAGUGGGCCUGAAGUUAGCCGCACGCCACAUCCUGUAGUCAGACUGGAGUUUGAUGUUUCACGCAGGGUUUCUGCACAGCCCUGAAAAAUAUGGAGUUUAUCAUUUUUCAAGUCUGGAUCAGUACAGAAUAAAAAGGUCAAAACUGUGUCCAGAGUCUGUUACCUAAAAACUGUUUCUAAAGUGUUGCUCAAAUGAGAUCAUUCAUAAAAAAAAUUUAGACAACCUCAUUCAGUUCACCGUCGUGCACAGACGUUCAAAUCACCGUGGACAAUCUUGUCUUUCAGCAAAACAUCUCGUGAACCACAAGACAAAUCUUAACGAGAUUUAUUGAAAAGUAAUCAGACCUGCAACCGACCUUUGGAUUAAACCUCAUUCAAGAUGGCUGCCGCAGCCAAGUGACCUAAACACUAUAAAUCAGUUGUAGAUCAACCUUAUGUUUGGAGUGGUAGCAGCAGAGACUGAUCCCCUACGCUGAGGGUUAACCAAAUACAGUUUAAAUGUUUAUUGAUCGUUAGAAACAUCUUGUGAACAUCUGGACGGAUUUAAGAGAAACUGUUAAUUUAAAAUGAACCCAAUUCAAAAUGGCCACCACAGCUUCCAGGACUAAAGUGGUUGUUAAUCUUCACAGAUUUUUAUCUAAAUUAUCAAAUUUGACCUCGAGUCGAAGAGGCAAACAGUUUUGUUAAAUGUAUCCAGCAGUUUGUGUGAUAUUUUACCGACAAGAUAUAUUAAGCAUGCAGAAAAUCAAUGCACAACUGAAUUCUUUAGGACAUUUGCAGGCGCUUUGAUAUUAAAUAUAAAUUUGUUUUGACAAAUUUUCAGUCUGGAAUUUUUUCAUAAAAAAAAAAAAAAAAGUGUAAACACUUCAUUUCUGUAGGAUUUGUGCCUCAAGUGGAGCAUUAAUACAUUCACGGUUGAAAAGUUACUUCCAGGAAUGUCAUGUUUAGUGUUUAAGACAAAGCGCAGGUUUGAAUGCUUUAAAUUAAAUAUGUA